AUGGGCCGCGCCAAGCAGACGCGCAAAUUUGCCGUCACCAAAAAACUCCUCAGUCCAAAAGACACCAGGGUGCGGGAGAAUGCCGUCCAGGCUCAGGCUCAGGCCGCGCAAAAGAAAGCCCGGGAAGCCCCGCGGCACGUGGAACAAGCCGUCAGUGCCCUCUUCUUUCAAUACAAUACCCAACUCGGACCGCCCUAUCACGUACUCGUCGAUACCAAUUUUAUUAAUUUCUCCAUACGAAAAAAACUCGACAUGGUCCGCUCCAUGAUGGAUUGUUUGUUGGCCAAGGCCAUUCCCUGUAUUACCGAUUGCGUCAUGGCGGAAUUGGAAAAGCUGGGCGGCAAGUACAAGAUCGCCUUGCGGCUCGCCAAAGACCCGCGGUUCCAACGGAUCACCUGUGGUUGUCGCGGAAACUACGCGGACGAUUGUUUAGUCCAAAUGGUCUCCUCCUGGCGGUGCUUUCUCGUCGCAACGUGUGAUAAGGAACUCCGCGGGCGCAUUCGCAAAAUUCCCGGUGUCCCCUGCAUGUACGUGUCGGGAUACCGGUAUACCGUAGAACGCAUGCCGGAAGCAUUCGGGGCUCCUAAAUAAAGAAAGACAACCGAAUCACCUCCAUGCCUAGGGUAUAGUCGAUUGUGGCUUAGGGGAGCCGGCCAUGUGAUCGUACGUGUACAAAAUAAAACCAAGCCCUUUUGUGGAUCACAAC